CAAAGCGUCUAUGGAGCUUUCGCGUCUGAAGAAUUGUUUAUUCUCUCUUUCAAGGCAGACGAAGCAAACGUUUCAGUCAUGGAAAAGCUCUUCGAAAAAAUUGGAGAUCAUUUCAACAAUCCAGAAAUGUCUGAUCGCAUUUUAGUCGUGAAGAUUCGAAAAGAUGGUUGGGAAAAGCUCGAAGCAGCACGCCGGGUUCGAAGUAUCACGAAAACGAAUUCUCAAGAGGGAAACGAUGCGAUUUCAGGGACAAAUUUUUAUCAAAAAGAAAGGCUGCAUCUAUCUACAAACAAAGAAUCGAUUGUUAGCACGUCUGAGCCAAAAUGUGACACCGAAUCUGCAGGUCCUGGUGACGACCCUGUAAACUCCGCUUCAGAAUUAAGAACUGUUAGCAGCUUAAGCUGUGAUUCCGGAAUAAGCGACGUUACAUUUUCUGAGACCAAAAAAACGGUUAAGAGUAAGAAAAUAGAAGAAUCCUCAAUCAGGGGCGAGAAAGGACAUAACCCAGUGAAUCAAGAUUCUGGAAAUUGGCAAAAUGCUGCAAAUUCGAAUGAAGAUGCCGUCGUCUCUCCGACAUCAUCAGAUGUAGAUGUCACCAUUAGCAAGUUGCUCAUAGCAGACAUUAGCUAUACUCACAAAGCCGGUGCCAUAGGUUUAACCGCUUUAAAUACUGGCGACGAAAGCCCUUCAGCAUCUGCCCCUUUACAAUCGUCCAAAACCGGAACUGCAGAGGCCAGCGUAGAAUAUUUGACAUUUACUGACACUGUCAUCCGGGAACAGCAGCUGUAUGUUCACAGCUUCUGGCUGGCUUUGAAUAGUUCUUACUUUAGAAGCCUAUUUUUUAGCUCAGGGAUGAAGGAGACAAAAGUGAAAAAGGUUGAGAUGAACAUCAGCGAAUCCUUGUCAUCGAUGUUCCUUCUGUUGAUAGAAUCACUGUAUAAGCCUGAAGUUGUGAUGCCAGAAAGUGUGGAAAAUCUUCUUGUUCUUAUGAGACUUGCUCAUGUUUAUGAUGCAGAGAGCACACUCAAGGCUUGCCAGAAACUUCUUGGUUCAGCAGAAUUGACAGUUGAGAUCUGUGACAAAUCCUUGAAUAUGCAAGAGCAUGAAAGACUCCCUGAGAUGGCAGAAUUUAUCAGGCGAUGUGAAGAAUUCCUGGUUGAGGAAUUCAGUCCAUUAGACUCUCAAUGGUCGAAUGAACACUUUCUGUCUCUGAGUUCCAACGGUCUACAGAAAGUUCUUUCCAGCCAUGAGUUGUGUGUAUCCUCAGAAAAUACUGUGUUCCUUGCACUGAUGAAAUGGGCAGAGGUGAAUGAAGUGUUUGAUGAUCAGCUUGAGCCCCUGUUGGAAUUGGUUCGCUUCAAAGCCAUGACCAUUAAUUACCUACAUGAUGUUGUUACCAGUGAUCACCCAAUUGCUUCUACAGUUGCUAAGUUUCAACUGAUGUUUGAAGAGGCUGUUUUUUACCAUGCAUUUUCUAAGGAGAGACAGUGUGAGGAGGGAGAGCCUGUUGGCAGGAAAGCUCAUGAUGAUCCAGUGGUGUUUAACUGGACAGUGGACAUUGGAGAAGAUAUUGAAGUAGAGAAGAAAAAGAAGAUCAUCAAAUCACCGCAUUUCUGGGUCAGCGGAUACGAAAUGUUCCUUGAGCUGAAGCUGAGGACUUCCGGGUGUCAAGGCCUAUAUCUGACAAUAAGCACACGUGACUUCCGCCACAGUAGCAAAGGAUUCGUCAAACUUGCUUAUUCUCUGACAUCCAACUUUCCUAAGGCUACACGAGUAAUCAACGAAGCGGACGUGUUUGAUAGAGAAGGAUCUGGCUGGGGAUACGAAGAAUUCUUUCCUUUAAGCUGGACUGAAUUCAAAGAUCAGUUGAAAAGAACUCCUCUUAUAAUAACAUCUCAAGUCAGUCUUCUGGAAUAGUGUAGAAUUUGAUCCAGUCCAAUUUAUUUUGAUGUUGUUUCACCUUGUUCGCUUUUUCCAAUCUUCAUAUUGUGAGGCAACUAUUCUCUCUGAGUCGAACAGUGUGUUCCAGAGAAAUGUGUUUUAAAGUAUUUUGAAAAUGGAAUGAAACUGAUGCGGGAGAGUGAUAAGUCGAAAGGAAACUUCCAGAGAAGAUUUGAGAAGACCCAGAAGUAUUUUUGUUUUUUAAAGCCUUUCAUAACUUUUGCAACACCCUUACACAUCUUGCAACCUUUGUUACUUUGAUUUUAUAUUUAUUUAUUUAAUUAUGUAUAAUUUUUGUUUAUUUAUGGUUAUUUGUUUAUGGAUGUUUUUUUGGCGUCUUUGGAAGAGUCGUAGAGAUUAAGAUCAAACGAUCUGUGAUAUUUGAACCCACAAAAUGUAGAAACACAGAUUUUGUGUUGUCAUUCGAAAUGACAGUGCCACUGAUCCAGAUUUUUCGGCGAAGGAAAUGUAGAUCAUUACCAACGUUUCUCUUUGUCAGGAUUUCACGUCGAGCGACCGAGUAAAGGUGUCGUGCAAUCGCGCGGCACUGAGUAUUUCGUCUUCGCGCGUUUCGUACAUGCAAUGUUAAAGAAAUGAGCUGUGUGGACAAUACUUUGUUAGUGAAUGUUCUUGCAUCAAGAACAUUUGACAUUGAUCCGACAGCAGAAGCAAGAUGAAGCAAAAACUAGAA